AUGCAGGAGGGUUCUUUAACCGAACGCCUUCUCUUCGGCGGUGCAAUUUCCAGCACCUUUCCUGUCAGAUUCCAGGAUGUGAGCAAUAUUCGACAAGUUCCUGAUCAUCAAGAGGUAUUUGUGGACCCAAGUCGGGACGAAAGCUUGAUUUUCGAGCUACUAGAUUUGAAGCCUGAUGUGAGUGAUAAUGGAAGUGCUGUUUGGUUUCUUCAAGACCUUGCCAAUGAGCAAGACGCUCAAGGGUUUACUCUUGUUGAGCAGUCAGGGGUGGUUGAGGUUCCGAUGGGGAAUGUUUCAGUUGUUAUUACAACAGCAAUUGGUCAGAUGGGGAUUUCUAAAGGACGGCAAGGAAGGGAAGCCCAGAAUGUUGUGCAGGUUUAUUUGGCCAAUCUUCGACUGAAGAAUGUUGGCACUGAUGUUCUUAUUGUUGCUUAUCAGCCCAUUUUGAUCAGUCCUUUGAGUGAAAGUGCUGCGACUGUUGGUGCUGGUUUACCUGCUCCGGCUGUGCAAUCAGGGUUCUUGCCAAUGGCUGAUGUUUUUAAACUUGCUGUUUCAAGUUUCAAAGUUCACGACUGGAACCUGUUUGGUAAUUGA